CCCGGUCCUCAGAGGAGGCCGGAAGCGGGUGUGGCCGGCCACGUGCGCUUCCGGCCGGGCCAGAGAGGCGUCCGCCGGCCGUCGGCGGCCUCGGCGUCCAAGCUGGUGGAGGAAGAUGUUUUACCACAUCUCCCUGGAGCACGAGAUCCUGCUGCACCCGCGCUACUUCGGCCCCAACUUGCUCAACACAGUGAAGCAGAAGCUCUUCACCGAGGUGGAGGGGACCUGCACGGGCAAAUAUGGCUUUGUAAUUGCUGUGACCACCAUCGACAAUAUUGGUGCUGGGGUAAUCCAACCAGGCAGAGGUUUUGUCCUUUAUCCAGUUAAGUACAAGGCCAUUGUUUUCCGGCCUUUUAAAGGUGAAGUCGUGGAUGCUGUAGUCACGCAAGUGAAUAAGGUUGGACUCUUUACCGAAAUUGGGCCCAUGUCUUGCUUCAUCUCUCGACAUUCCAUCCCAUCAGAGAUGGAGUUUGAUCCUAAUUCCAAUCCACCCUGUUACAAGACAAUGGAUGAGGACAUUGUGAUUCAGCAGGAUGAUGAGAUCCGGUUGAAGAUUGUGGGGACACGUGUAGACAAGAAUGACAUUUUUGCGAUUGGCUCCCUGAUGGACGAUUACUUGGGGCUUGUGAGCUGAAUAUAGGAGCCUCUAGCCUUAUUUGGUCAUACUUGCUACAUUGUCCAUUCUGGCCACUGUUGGGAAAGCAAGGAAGGUUUCUUGUCCCCAGAAGACUUCUAAGCUUCUUCCAGUGUACCUGCUGUGCCCAGAUUCCUAACAAUAUGUUUUAACCAUAAAAGGUCCUUGGUUCUCAUGGAAA